CCGAUGCUUUUCCUCCUCUUGAUGGUCCGGUUACUGCCCGACUCAAUUAAACGGCCAAUCGACGCGACAGGUGAACUUGUCAGAGUCAUCUCACCCAAAAUGCAGGUGCUCUGGAAGCCGAUCCUGUUUCUGCUGAGACCGCUUAUCCGGCCAAUAACUUUCCAUACUUUCGGCGGGCUAGCUGACCAGCGCCCAUCGGCAAAAUGCUUCGCAAGCACUCCUGGAGUUAUUGCCACCCUUUCCACUAGCGCGGACGCGGGUCCGCUCAUAAAUGCCCGACUUGUCACACCCGGGCUUGCCCCGGCUGGGUGUUGACUGGCGCCAGAAACGCAGCUCGUUC